AUGGCACCAAAGAAAAGUAGUAAAACGAAACAGGAAGAGCCUGUAGAAGAAGUAAAAAUUACAGGUCCUGGCUGGACUGAAAAGAUGAAUCAAGCCAUUGACGAUCUUUCCGAAAGUCGAACAAGUACUCGAGAAGAGUCAUUGGAAAUUAUUACAAAUAUCUUCUCAAAUCAUCAUGUAUUUUCUCAAAUCGAAAAUCGAUUGGAAGAGAUUUUGGGAUUAUUAAAGAAAUCCGUUGCCAAGAAUAAUAGUACAAAAGAAGCUUGCCUCGCUGCGCGGGCUAUCGCAUUAACCUUUAUCAACUUGGAUGAUAUCUCGGAAGGUGAAGCGGAUGAUCUAUACAGACGUAUUUUAUCAUGUCUCAGAAGUGCUAUCAAGAAUAGCCCAGAUGUAGAAAUCAAAAUGAGUGUAACGUUUCUAUUCAUUUUUAUUUUCAAUUGUCUCCAAACCUUGGCAUUGAUCACGUAUACUGCGGCUUCGGAUAUUGAUAAACAACUCGUACGAGAAUAUCUGUUCGAUCUGAUCGAAACUGACGGUGCAGAUUUUAACGUUGAUGAAUUAUCCCCUCAAGAAUGUGAUCAAUUAUUUGCAGAGUCUCUUAGAGCCUACGGUAUUUUGUAUGCAUCUUCCUUUUCAACUGGAUUCGUCGAUUUCGAUAUAUUAUGGGAAGAGCUUGAAAAAGUGAUGCCAAUGCACGAAAUGUUAUUAGAGUCCUCAGAUAAAGACGUUCGUAUUGCAGCAGGAGAAAAUAUUGGCCUCAUGUUUGAAAGUGCCAAUGUAUUUUUAAAUGCAGAUGCAGAGGAUGAUGAAGAAGAGGAUGAGGAUGCAGUAAAACCGGAAUAUGAUAAUAUGGACGGUUUAAUUCACACAUUAAAGGAUUUAUCCGUCGAUAGCAGCCGUCGUCGAGCUAAGAGUGAUCGUGUUGAACAAAAAUCUGUUUUUCGUGACAUUGUGAGAACCGUGGAGGAUAAUGAAAAACCAGUGGAAGAGCUCAAGAUUGGGGGCAAAGUUUUAUCUUUCCGUGGCUGGUCUAAGAUCUUGCCCUUGAACUCGUUUAGGAGAUGUUUAGGACCAGGAUUUCAGCAUCAUUUAAAGACAAACUCAAUGAUGAAGGAUAUCUUCCGUUAUUCGACAGGUUUCGUAGGUCGUCCACAAGAUGAUUCAGAUGACUCCGAUGAGGAAGGAGGAGGCAUCAGCACAGCUGGUUUAAGUAACGUGGAUAAGAAAUACCUGUACGACGAAAACAAGAAAUCCAGAUCAAAACAAAUCAGAAGCGCCAGAAUAGGAAAAGAAUCAAACCCUGACUAUUAA